AUGCGCACGUGCGACAUCUGUUCCGCACCGCCCGAGCACGCGGUGACCGGGAGGCGUGACACGUGGCAACAGCGCCGUGCCGUGUGUCGUCUGCGCUGCCUCCUCGGCGAGUCAGUCAGCGUGUGGAAGUGGCUACCCUUGUGGCUGCCUCUGUUGCUGUCAGUGGCUACCCUUGCGGCUGCCUCUGUUGCUGUCAGUGGCUACCCUUGCGGCUGCCUCUGUUGCUGUCAGUGGCUACCCUUGCGGUUGCCUCUGUUGCUGUCAGUGGCUACCCUUGCGGUUGCCUCUGUUGCUGUCAGUGGCUACCCUUGUGGCUGCCUCUGUUGCUGUCAGUGGCUACCCUUGUGGCUGCCUCUGUUGCUGUCAGUGGCUACCCUUGUGGCUGCCUCUGUUGCUGUCAGUGGCUACCCUUGUGGCUGCCUCUGUUGCUGUCAGUGGCUACCCUUGUGGCUGCCUCUGUUGCUGUCAGUGGCUACCCUUGUGGCUGCCUCUGUUGCUGUCAGUGGCUACCCUUGUGGCUGCCUCUGUUGCUGUCAGUGGCUACCCUUGUGGCUGCCUCUGUUGCUGUCAGUGGCUACCCUUGUGGCUGCCUCUGUUGCUGUCAGUGGCUACCCUUGUGGCUGCCUCUGUUGCUGUCAGUGGCUACCCUUGUGGCUGCCUCUGUUGCUGUCAGUGGCUACCCUUGUGGCUGCCUCUGUUGCUGUCAGUGGCUACCCUUGUGGCUGCCUCUGUUGCUGUCAGUGGCUACCCUUGUGGCUGCCUCUGUUGCUGUCAGUGGCUACCCUUGUGGCUGCCUCUGUUGCUGUCAGUGGCUACCCUUGUGGCUGCCUCUGUUGCUGUCAGUGGCUACCCUUGUGGCUGCCUCUGUUGCUGUCAGUGGCUACCCUUGUGGCUGCCUCUGUUGCUUCUGUCAUCAUUGUCUUCAGACUGAAAGAUUUCCUUGGAAGUCUUGCAAAUGUAGGCUAA